GGGCUGCCGUAGCAAUCCUGAAGAAGGCUGCUUCUGAAUUGCACUGAACUUCAGAAAUCACUGGAAGUGAAGAAUACUUUGGAUAAGUGCUAUUACCUAACGAGGUAACAGAAUGGAGAACAAACAGCAAAGCAAUGGUGAGAUGAAAGAAAAUAAGGCAGUGAAGAAAAAAACGAAUUGGUCUGGGAGUCUUAUUGUAGCCUCUUUAACUGGUGCUUUUGGGUCGUCUUUUCUUUAUGGUUACAAUCUCUCGGUGGUGAACGCUCCUGCAGCGUAUAUCAAGAAGUUUUACAAUGAAACUUGGGAAAGAAGAUACGGCUUCUCGGUGGAUGAAAGCACACUGACUCUCCUCUGGUCCAUAACUGUUUCUAUUUUUGCCAUUGGUGGCCUUGUGGGUGCCAUUAUUGUUACCCCAAUUGUGAAGUUCUUCGGACGGAAACGUACAUUGCUGCUCAAUAAUCUGUUUGCAGUGACAGCUGCAUUGUUGAUGUCCCUUUCCUUGUUGGCGGGGUCAUUUGAAAUGCUCAUACUGGGCCGCAUUAUAAUGGGUGUUGAUGCAGGCAUUUCUCUGAGUGCCCUUCCCAUGUAUUUGAGUGAAAUAUCUCCUAAGGAAAUCCGUGGUUCAUUGGGUCAGGUCACAGCAAUUUUCAUCUGUAUUGGUGUUUUCACUGGUCAAGUUUUGGGGCUGCCAGAAAUAUUUGGGCAAGAACCUCGGUGGCCUUACUUAUUUGGAGCAAUCAUUGUUCCUUCACUGAUACAAGUCGUGAUUCUGCCUUUUCUUCCUGAAAGUCCUCGUUACCUCCUCCUUGAAAAACAUAACACGAGCAAGGCAGAAAAAGCAUUUCAGACCUUCCUUGGGAAAGAUGACGUGUCUCAUGAAGUAGAAGAAGUUUUGGCAGAGUCUCGAGUCCAAAGAAACACCAAGUUAGUGUCGAUACUUCAGCUCCUGAGAACCCACGCUGUGCGAUGGCAAGUCAUUACCGUGGUCGUCACCAUGGGCUGCUACCAGCUCUGUGGGCUAAAUGCUAUCUGGUACUACACAAACAACAUCUUCAGUGAAGCUGGGAUCAAUCAUGAAACAAUCCCCUAUGUUACUCUAAGUACUGGUGCUGUAGAGACUGUGGCUGCUGUUUUUUCUGGCUUAGUUAUUGAACGGCUUGGACGUAGACCACUACUCAUUGGAGGUUUUGGAUUGAUGGUUGUCUUCUUCGCAGUACUUACCGUCUCUCUAACUUUACAGAAAACCGUGCAUUGGCUUCCUUACCUCAGUAUAUUUUGCAUCCUUGCAAUCAUUGCAUCGUUUUGCAUUGGACCAGGUGGGAUUCCGUUUGUCCUCACUGGAGAGUUUUUCCAGCAGUCGCAGAGGCCAGCCGCGUUCAUGAUAGCUGGGACAGUCAACUGGCUCUCCAACUUUGCAGUCGGACUGCUCUUCCCUUUCAUUCAGGCUGGUUUACAGACCUACUGCUUCCUAGUGUUUGCUGCCAUCUGCUUGGCGGGAGCUACCUACCUGUUUUUUGUCCUGCCUGAAACAAAAAAUAAGACAUUUCAUGAGAUCAGCCAAGCAUUUGCCAAAAGGAAUAAAGUAUCUUUAGAAAUGCAAGAAAUGAACCACUACCCGGGGGAGAGAAAAUCAAGUGCAGAACAAGAAUCAAACUUCACAUCUUCGGUGAACAAUGGGGAAACAAAAAAAGGGAUUGUGUAAACCCAGGAUGCUCUUUCGGGGGAUGGGGGAGAACAUACUCUUCAUUCAGUACGUUUAUAGUAGUGCACAACUUGUAUUUUUCAUGUGACAGCAUGAACUGCUUUCCCCUUGAAUAGGUUUCAAGUGAGUACGGGUGAAUUUGUUAGCAGCUAGGGUGAUGGUUGAGGAAAUGAGAGGUGGGAGUAGUGGCAGCAGAUUAAAUAAGUAAGAGCCAGAGUUUUCUUGGGCACCUGUAAAAUAGGUGCUGCGGUGAGUGGGCUGGGGAGUACAGACUCAGAGAAGUAAAGUGACGGUGGGGAGCCGGGGUUGUGAGCAGCAGCUGGCUGAGCACCCCUCUGUGCUCCCGGGGAGGUGUGCGGGCAGUCGCCGGGGAGGAGGAGGAGGAGGAGGAGGCAGGGAGAAGGGAAGAGGUCGCAGCAGGUGUCUGGUAAGAAUCAGUGCAGGCGAACCUGAAAAGGUACCAGCUUGCAUUUCUCCACAUUUCCCAAUAUGUCAUUCAAGCUGCACGUGAGAACUGAGGACUUGAAGGAAGACUCGUGACACUCCCCUCACCUCCCAUUCCUUUUCCAGCUAUUUUAACUUUCAGUUGCUUUGUCUGAACAUAUCCCCACCUUCCCACAAACAGGGAGCUCCAGGUCCUGAUGGGUUUCCUUGUCUCUUGCAAAUCCUGAUUGUCUAGUAAUAGAAUUGCCUCUAGUUUCUGGGUUUGCUGGCACUGCAUUUCUGUGGAUAUAUAUAUUUUUUUAAUUUUAUUUUUUAAGAAUAGCUGUAGAAGAUUUAAUAUGAAAUGAAAAUUAAACCUCAUAGUGAAGUGAGAGAACUCUGAUGGCACAUGUAGGGUAGUGUAGCAUUAAAAAAAAAAUCAAACAUCAAGUGUUCCAAGGGUUGGGGUUUUGGUUUAGGGUGGGUUUUGGUUUUUUUUUUUUUGCUUUUCUUUUCCUUUUAAAACAAGUCUUAGGAGCCAAAAUUUCCCUGAGACCCAGUAAAUGUCAUUUCUUAACACUCAGAUCUCUCCAAAGGAAUUUGGGUGCCUAUUUCUUAUUUAAACACUGAUUUUCUUUUGGGCAUUAGAUUCUGAAGCUCCAGGCCUAGUUCAUGUUAGUAAGUUUCUAAGCUAUUAAAUGCUUUGUAAAACUAUCCUCAGAGUCUGCUUAAUUUCGUGAUGGAAAGACUCAGCAGGUGGUUAGGUGAUCCAUUCCCUUCCAUGUGGGAUUUUUUUUAUUAACAUCACCUUUCCAGUUUGUAAUUUUGAUAAUAGUUUUUCUUGAUCCUUCUAGGUACCUGGAUGCUGAGGGGGUAAUAAGCACUUUUAAAUUAAAAAGUUAGCUGUUUUAUAUGAAGAGUCAGUAAGUCUUAGAGCCGCUCUCAGUUAGGCAUACAGCACAAGAAGCAAGUGCAGCAUGUAGGUAGAGCCAGCUGCUUCCACAAGUUAUAUUUACUAAUCCAGAAGUUCAUACAUUUGGAGCAUUUUGGAAAAAAAAAUUGUAUAUGUAUUCAUAUAUAUAUACACACACAUAAAUACAUAUAUGAAUAUAUAUAUUCCAAAUACACAUUAAUAUUUAUAUUCAUAUAUAUAUACACACACAAUGGAGAAUUGUUUUCCAGUAUUUGGGGGUUUUUUUCAGAUUUCCCCAAGUGAUAAGCUGUUCAUUGUUUUGUUCUACACUGUAAAUUACACUGUAAAUUAAAAUCAGAGAUCCUAAUGUUCAGCUGUUAUUAAGAAAUUAUGUAUAUGGUUUUAUACUGUGAUUUAUUUAUAUGUGGCAUAUUUACUGCACACAUUGUAAGCUGACCUAAUAGGCCAAUUUCACUACUGAGUAAUAGAAGAAAAAUUGAUCUGAGCCUUUAUGCCAGAAUUUAUGCUAUUUUACUGGGAUAGAGGUACAACAGCAAGUAAGAAAAUGAAAAUAUAUAUGAGCAAGAGAAUUAAGAAUGAAAAAUCAGAUUUAUGGUAUUGGUGCUACUGUUAAGAAACAGUGAAUCAGGGUUAUACCAACUGAUAAUCGUAGCCGGAAGCUAAUCAAAUACUAUGGAGAAAACUGAAGAAAAAUGUUUUCUAAUAACCACUCAUAGAAUUAUAUACAUAGCACAUGAACAUGUCAUCUUUCACUGGCUUUAGUUGCCUAUUCCAUGUGUUACAUGAGGCUUGCUAAGUGAAUGGCUAUGUAAAAAGUGAGUUUGAAUGCCACCCUUCCAGACAAUUUCGGGAGGAAAUUAGUCUUCUGCCUGCAGGGCGAGACCGGCAAAUUCAGACCCUUUCAUUCAGAUUGAGAAUUACCUUACUUUGCAGUUGGGGCUACUAACAUGGUACGAUGUGAUCUGAUUUGAGUCAAGGUGGCAAGAUUGGAAACCAUUAUUAUUAGAAUUAGGAGAAUUUAGCACUUAGUGCUGUUCAUUAAUGUACAUUACAGGCAUUACUUGUUGAUAAUGUUGCCAUUGGAUAACUUCAAAAAAUAUCAUGUUGGCCUGAUACGGCAGUUGUAUUGGACUUCUGCAACAAGAUAAAAUCAUCUUACAGUUGCUUACAGUUGCAUUUGGAGCCCAGCUCUGAAUGUGUUGGUAAAGAGAUGGCUCGAUAGAAUUUCCUAUCACAGCUCAGGGGCUUGUACAGCAGUAACAACAGGGGGUUGUGUUUUUCUCUUCUGCAACCCCAUUUGCCCAUCUCUUGCCCUACCUGAGAUAGGCACGGUCCAGACAGGCACUUUCUGCGCGGCUGCAAAGAGAGCUGCUGCAGACCAAGUACACCAUGGGACAGCUGUUGCACAUCUCGCCAGCGGUUUGCUGCAGCCCAUGGUACAGGUUAAAAGCAAUUCCAGUCUCCAGACAUGUAUGUGUGCAGGUGCUUUGCUCGCUGGCCAGGGAAGGUAGCUGCAGCCUCCUCUGCCUUGGGUUGUGGAAGUUUCUGAGGAAACUUCAGAUGUGCCGGUACUGCAUUAACUUUCUCAUCUCUGACCCUAACGAGUUUUGUGUUGUUCUUCAAGUUGUUCUGUAAUGGUUUUUUCCAUUGUUAUGCUGCUAUAGCUUCUCCAGCAAUGAGAGGACAAAAUGGAAAACAUCAGCAAUUUAUCAUUUGCUUUUUCUUGUUGAAUGUAUCAAAUUGUCUGCAGCCCAUGUGUUUGUCAGUGAGUGUUGUGUAGUGCCAUGUUCUCUUUUCCUGUCUGUGACAUUGGGAUGAGGUACUGCGAGAUGGUGUUUGUACGAGUACUGCAAGUGGGUUACAUGUGUGUGAUCAACUAUGUCCAUGCACAGUGAUUGCAAAAUAAACCUUUGGAAUUAAACUAAAA